AUGUCUCCCGACAGUGACCAGCCAGGUACCGGUCGGCGCCUCAUUGCCUGCGUGGCAUGCCAAAAGCGGAAAGUCAAGUGCAGCCGGGUGUUUCCUUGUGCAAACUGCAUCAGGUCAUCCAGUCAAUGCAUCCCUGGGACACCGGCUCCUCCGCGAGGCAGGAAGCCUUACAACCAGGCCCUCAAAGCACGCCUAGCACGAUGUGAGCAACUUUUAAGUGGUCAAGCUUCAGCUGCAGCCGCAAAGGCUUCCCCGAAUGCUGUCACCACGCCAAAGACAUCGCAGUCUCAAAGUCCGGCAGACCCUUCCCCGGUCUCUAAAUGGACCCCGGAAGGGAAGUUGGUAGAAGAUUCAAAUGGCAAGCUUGCUUUUAUGGAUAACUACCUCCUAGGGCUGGUCAACGAGGAACUUCGAGCUAUGGAUGAGCUCAUCAACCUGGAUGAGAACGAACGCAGUAGUCCACUUGAUAGCAGGCCUUCUGACCCAAACACAGAUCUCCUCCUUGAAGAUGACGCCUCUAAUUCCUCAGUCCUCGACGCUUGGCCAGGCGCCGCACUUGUCUUCAAGCUGUGGCAGAUAUUCCUUGACAGAGUUAAUCCCUUCACAAAGGUGAUUCAUGUUCACAGCUUUCAACCUCACGUCGUGGAAGCUACGAAUGGCACGCAAGGCCUGCCUGAAAAUAUCAUGGCACUCCUGCUGUCCAUCUUUCUAAUGGCAGUAGUUGCCAUGUCUGAGGAGGAAUGCUUAACGACGUUGAAGAAGACUAAGGAAGCUGCCGUAGCGUCGUUUUCCUCCGGCAUCCGCCAAAUAAUGAGACAGCUCAACUUCAUGCGGACUAACGAUAUAGUUAUUCUCCAGUCGCUCUGCCUGUACUUGUAUUCCUUGCAAGACCGAUAUGACCGCCACAGCUCGUGGGUCUUCAGUGGCACCGUUAUACGAAUCGCUCAAAAGAUGGGGCUCCACCGAGACGGCGAUGUGCUUGGCCUAAAGCCCUUUGAAUCAGAGAUGAGGCGCAGGGUUUGGUGGCAGCUGGUAUCACUCGACGCAAAGUUCGCUUUGUUCUCCGGCUUUGGUCACUCACUGCUUCCCCGGGACUGGGAUGCCAGGGAGCCGAGCAACUUGAACGAUGCGGACAUUUUUCCGGCCGCUACGCAACCAACGCCGGACCGUGAUGGACCCUCGGAGAUGAUUCUGUGUUUGGUCCGACACAAAAUCACCAAGUUUCUAGUCGAUACGCCCGGCCUCGAGCCGGUGAAGAUGAUGGGCGAGCUGAACGAGUCCAGCGGUGCUCCUCCAGUGGCAGGCGGUACGAGAGAACAACAGAUGAGCUACUACCUCAGCCAUUUCGAGCUGUUAGAACACAGCCUUCAGCACAUCUUGGACAACCGAUGCAACCCCCACGCGGGGCCGGUCCAUGUCAUGGCUCAAGGGCUCAUAUCAGCUCUUCUCGUACAGAAACGCCACUUGAUCAAGAGCAUUAGCGAUGGACCUAGACCUGACGCCGUGUUUCAGAGUGGAGAGGACAAUGCUUUCAUGUGGGCUGUCUCAAUGCUUGAGCAUACGGCGUUCCUGUAUUCUUCCUCGGAGGACACGGGUUUUCUCUGGUUCGCUGAUUUCAACUUCCAAUACGACGUACUACUCUACGUUGUGGUGCUUUUGGGACAAAGACUCGAAGGACCAAUUGCACAACGUGCCUGGGAAAAGAUUGAAAUAUUCUUUCGGUUCCGGCCUGGGUUAUUCAACGUCUCCGAGAAAUCCUGCGCGACUCUGGCACAUUUCCUACUUCGAGCUUGGUCGAAGAGGUUGGAUCUACUCACCAGAUCGGGUUUCCCGGGAGAAUCCCCGGAAUGGAUCAGUAAGCUACGAGCCUGUGUUGAAAAUGUUGUCCAGGACGGCAACAAUCCUCUGGGCUCGCUGAAUCCUCAAGAAACAACUCCAGUCAACACGCAGGUGUGGGCACAGGCGUUAGAGGCUGAAGGAGUGCCGCCUUUUUCAUACAUCGGCGUUGGUCGGGGUCAUUUUCCGAAUCUUGAAACUUCCGCAUGGUCUUUCUUGGAGACCAUGAAUGGAAGGGAGAGCGAAGACCAGCCGGGAGAUUCGGUAUUCCCAGUUGCUCUAUGA